UUGAUGAGAUAGCAAAGGGGAGUGACGCAGUUAUUAUAGAUGCCCAACGUCUCUAUUAAAUCUACAGGAAUUCAAAUGUCUAAUCUGUAGAUAUAUGUUUUAUCCUUUGAGAAUAAAUAGUGAUUUAAAAUAAAAACAGAGGAUUUGUUGACCGGCUCUGCUCGUGAUAUUCUAAUGCCGUUGAUGUUGGAGGUUGCUGCCAUCCACCUCGAGGACUAGAUGCGGUAGCCAGCACGAGAUAUGCCGCAGCCCAAAUCACGAAAAAUUGCCAUCCUCGGGUACAGAUCCGUAGGAAAGUCCUCGCUAACAAUUCAGUUUGUGGAAGGCCAGUUUGUUGACUCCUAUGACCCAACAAUAGAAAACACGUUCACCAAGAUGAUCACGAUAAACGGACAAGAAUACCACCUGCAGUUGGUAGACACAGCGGGACAGGAUGAGUACUCUAUCUUUCCUCAGACCUAUUCCAUAGAUAUCAAUGGAUACAUCCUGGUCUACUCUGUCACAUCUAAUAAAAGUUUUGAAGUAGUUCAGGUUAUUCAUGAAAAACUUCUGGAUAUGGUGGGGAAAGCUCAAGUACCUAUUAUAUUGGUGGGGAAUAAGAAUGACCUGCACAUGGAACGGGUGAUCAGCUGUGAGGAAGGGAAGGCCCUAGCAGACUCCUGGAAUGCUGCCUUCAUGGAGUCCUCAGCUAAGGAGAACCAGACGGCAGUGGAGGUGUUCAAGACCAUGAUCCUGGAGGCGGAGAAGCUGAAAGGCGGCGUCCAACCAGGGAAGACUUCCUGCUCCCUCAUGUAGAGCUGCCAAACAAUCAAACACAGAAUAGGACACUGCACUGGGAUAUCCCGUUACUUGAAGGCUUCCUGCCAGUUCCAACUACUACUUCUCAACUGUCAUCAACUGUCAUCAGUUGUCAUCAACUGUUUAUUUACCUAUAUUUUUGUUUCUGUAUGUCUGUAUUGUUUUCCCAUUUGUUAUGAAAGGUUGAGUGACUGUUUUCUGUCAUACUGUACAUUUCCCACAAUCCACCUCUCAACUGUUUUGACCUCAGCCCUGAUGCAAAACUGAGGCCCUGACAAGAAAUUACCACUAGCUCCAAGAACAGUCUCUCCAACCCUGUUCUUGGAGCGAUACCCUUCUGUAGGUUUUAACUUCAACCCUGUUCCUGGAGAGCUACCCUCCUGUAGGUUUUAACUCCAACCCUGUUCCUGGAGCGAUACCCUCCGGUAGGUUUUAACUCCAACCCUGUUCCUGGAGAGCUACCCUCCUGUAGGU